GACGUAUCCCUUCACUUUACGCUUGUGUUGUGGUCAGCCGUAAAGUGGAUCGUGUGAAGACGGAGGAAGGUUAAAGCGAGCCUUUCUAAACACGCAUCAUGCCGUUUGUGGACCUUCAGUCACGGCUCGGCAUCAACUUAGACCAAUGGCUGCUGAUCCAAAGCGGAUCACAGCCCCACCAUAGAGCGGCACGCUGCCACGCCUUUGAGAAGGAGUGGAUUGAAUGUUCUCAUGGCAUCGGGCAGAGUCGCGCGAAGAAGGAGUGCAAGCUGGAGUUUGAGGAUUUCUAUGAGUGCAUGCACAGGCAGAAGACACACGAUAGGCUGCACGCCAUCCGCAAGCAGCGAGAAAAGAUGAUAAAGGAGGGGACGUACACACCUCCACCCUGCCACACAGGAGGAAAGACAGAGUAGUCACCGUGAGGGGAGCACACACCUGUCUGCAGUUCUCUUCUUGUUUAUAGUCAGAGAUCAAUAUUUCCUGUUCACCUGUACAAGUUUGCAAAUAAAUGUUAUCAUCACUGUC